CCCUGUUAUUCAUUAUACUGGCCAAGAACUUGUUGGAUAUAGAGGAUGUCAAAACUCAAGGUUAGACAAUGGACUGGCAAACUCCUAAUACUUGAUUUCAUCUUCACGUACCUCAUUAUGCAAUCUUUAAUUAUGAGACCUGCAGAGACUAUAAACUGCUCCCAACCCAGCACAGAAUCACUCUUAAAUGCCCUGAGAGGAAGCUUCUUCAACAAAACUGAAGUACGACCAGUCCUUCAUCUGACCACUCCUACAACGAUCAGUGUAGGUUUUGCCAUGUAUGCUAUUUUAGAUGUGAAUGAAAAAGCUCAAAUCUUGGACACAUUUCUCUAUGUGUGGUUUAGCUGGAAUAUUGAAGGUUUGAGCUGGGAUCCUGAUGAAUGUGGAACAGACAGAAUUACGUUGCCAAGAAAAAAGUUCUGGAGGCAUGAUAUCGUCAUCAAUGAAUUAAUCAGUGACAAUCAAGCCCCAAGCAGCUAUUAUCUGUCUCUUGACAACACUGGUUUGAUAGAAGAUGGGCUGCCGUACCAUGUGGUCAGCUCCUGCAACCUAGACAUCUAUUCCUUUCCAUUUGAUGUUCAAAACUGCAUAUACACAUUUAGUUCAUACAAGCACACAAAGCGAGAUAUUCAGCUAUCAUUUUCAGAGCCAGUAGAGGAGACACUUCGGAAAUCUUUGAAUUACAUGGAGACUAGAGGAGAAUGGGAACUUAUCACCAUGUUGGCCAGCAAACCUAAUGACUCAAUAUACUUUAACUUUGAUGGGAUGGAUUCAUGGGAUGAACUCAAGUACAAUAUUGUCCUGAAGCGACGGCCAACUCUAUAUGUGGUGAACCUGUUGCUUCCCAGUUACUUCCUGAUUACUGUGGAUCUUUUCAGCUUCCUCCUUCCUCCCCAGGCAGUGGAUCGUUCUGCCUUUAAAAUGACUCUCAUCCUGGGCUACACUGUAUUCCUCCUCCUCAUGAAUGAUCUGCUGCCUGUUACUGGAAACACCAUCCCUUUAAUAAAUGUGUUUUUCUCUCUCUGUCUUGCACUGAUGGUGGUCAGUCUCCUGGAAACAAUUGUCAUUACUAAUAUCAUGUGUGCCUCAAGUAAUUAUACCCCUCUACCAAAAUGGAUCAAAGUGUUGUUUCUGCAUUAUCUGGCACGUCUGGUUUGUUUAGGCAAGAAUACCUCUGACCAAAAUUCUCCCACUCAAAGAAACAACAUCCCUUCCUGUUCACCUGAGGAAGAGAUGACUGAAAUCAAACACCAAGAAAAGGGAACUAACUCACUAUUAAACUUUACUGAGCAAGAAGUGAAGGAACUGAGUAUGAUAAAAGAACAUUUGCUCACCAUUCGCCAGCAGGUUAACAAGCAUUUCUCCAGGGAUCAGAAGACAGAGGAGUGGAUGCGCUUGGGAGAGGUCAUCGAUCGAUUUAUUUUCAUUCUGUAUGUUGUUUUUCUCUCUGUCAGCUUCUGCACCAUAUUAAUCUUCUGGUUUAACUGGUACAGUUUUCAAAGAGAAGCAUAAUCUGUACUAGUCUUUCUCAUUGAGGAUAGUUGAUGUCAAAUUGCCUAUUUUUUAUCAACAU